CAUUCUCAACAGCCUCUCCUAGUCACUCUUGCCUGCCACUACCCUGACCACUCUCUCCAUCCAGAAGUCUUGCCUGCUUUUGACCUUUUAAUCCAGGACAAAAAAAAGUUUUCUUGUGUCUGGCUCUUUGACUUGACAUUGUUUUGAGAUGUCUUUAAGGUCAUAUGUAGCAGCAGUUUGUUCAACAUUGAAUGGACAGACCAUGAUUUAUUUAUUUGGCGUUCUGUUGGUGGUUCUGUGGGCUGUUGGGGCUGUUCUGAAUACAACUGCUCUGAGUGUAUUUCUGUUGGCGCUGCCCUGAGUGGAAUUGCUGGGUCAUAGCAUGAGUGUCCAUCCUUAAAUGGUGAUUAACGUGGGAUCCACAGAGUCACCAGCCUGUUUCAUGGGUGACAGUGUCCUUGGUUCUCUCCAUGGUGGGCCCUAUUGCAGGAGUACCCACUGAGAAGCCCCCUGUUCCCACUCCGGUCCCUUCAGCUCCACACAGAGACCUGGAGCUAUGGGGAAGGGGUAGCCCUGGACCUGAGCCAAGUAUAGUCCUCCCUGGGUUUCCUGGCAUCCUGGGUGAGGGCCUCCAUGGUGGCAUUUUAUCUGUUGCUUCUGUUCUUGACCUUGGCUGUCUCUGUCUACUCCUCGGGGCCGGUACACAGGGAUCCUAACACCCUCUCCCAGCAUCCAGUGGGCCCGGAGUUUGAUGGAGCACCUGCGUGCAGUCAGUGCUCAGAGAGCAUUUGGUGCGUUUUCUCGGGGAAUUCUAGGAUAUUGCUAGUUCUCAGGAUUCUAUAGCAACCCACUUGGGCCAGCAGGUGAAGGGGCUGCUGUCCUUUGGCUUCCUCUCUCAAUGGGGCCUCUGAGGCUGCCUCCAGGUGCCAUGCUGGGCACUGCCCUGCCUGAACGGAUCCUAUAGACUACAGAGCAGCCCAGCAAGCAGAAAGUGCAGUGUGUGGGCCCUGGUGACCUGGCCCUUGGGGGCGUGGUCUCCAGCACACCAUUCAUGAUCUGCAGACACCAUCUCGUGGUUUUCUUAGGCUCUCAGAGGAGGAACUGUGCUCAGGCCAGAGAUAGGUCUUGCUUGCGUCAGCUCUGGAGGCUGGGUGCGGUCCCCUGCUACAGCUGUGCACGGCUCCACUGUCAUCAGGUCCUUGUCUGCCCAGCCUGAGCUAGGUUCUUCCAGGCGGCGGCAUAGGGUGCGCUGUCGUGUGCUUCUCUGUGCUUGGCAGUCUCCUGAAGGUUGUUCUCUGUUGAUUCCUGAAAAGCCGGCUUGUUCUUGUUUGGGCUCUGUCUUUGGUGGAACAUGGAUGGGCCGAGCACUGUGUGUGUGUUUCCCCCACGGAUGUUGGGUCAUUUCCAGUCUUCUGUGGCUGGCAUUCUUACUGGCUGCUCCUAGAAGAGAGAGGCUGGGAGGGAGAAGCCCCCACCGAGGACUCCGCUUGGCUUCUCAGCACUCCAGUUGUAUCUGCAUGGCAACAAAUCAAUUUACAGAUGAGGACUGAGAGCUCUUGUGCCUUCACAAAGGGCCGAAUGGCAGUAAGAACUAUCCGGAACAUGGUGGCGGUGCUGGAAGUCAUCUCCAGCCUGGAGAAAUACCCCAUUACCAAAGAGGCGCUUGAGGAAACACGGCUUGGGAAGCUCAUCAACGACGUCCGCAAGAAAACCAAGAACGAGGAGCUCGCCAAGCGGGCCAAGAAACUGCUGCGGAGCUGGCAGAAGCUCAUCGAGCCAGCGCACCAGCAUGAGGUGGCACUGCGGGGGCUGGCAGGGGCCACUGGCUCUGCUAACGGGGGCGCGCACAACUGCCGGCCGGAGGUGGGGGCGGCUGGCCCGCCCAGGAGCAUCCACGACCUGAAAAGCCGCAACGACCUCCAGAGGCUGCCUGGGCAGCGGCUGGACAGGCUGGGCAGCCGCAAGCGCCGGGGUGACCAGCGUGACCUUGGCCACCCGGGGCCGCCACCCAAGGUCUCCAAAGCUACACAUGACCCCCUGGUCCCCAACUCAUCCCCCCUCCCCACCAAUGGGAUCAGUGGGAGCCCAGAGAGUUUCCCCGGCUCCCUGGAUGGCAGCGGGCAUGCUGGCCCAGAGGGCAGCCGCCUGGAACGUGGUGAGAACGACAAGCACAGUGGCAAGAUCCCCAUCAAUGCCGUGCGACCGCACACCAGCUCCCCAGGCCUGAGCAAACCCCCCGGGCCCUGCUUGCAGGCAAAGGCUUCGGUGCUGCAGCAGUUGGACAGGGUGGACGAGACUCCAGGGCCUCCCCACCCCAAGGGGCCCCCUCGCUGCUCUUUCAGUCCUCGGAACUCACGGCAUGAGGGCUCCUUUGCCCGGCAGCAGAAUUUAUAUGCACCUAAGGGCUCUGUGCCCAGCCCCUCACCACGGCCCCAGGCACUUGAUGCCACACAGGUGCCGUCACCGCUUCCACUGGCACAGCCGUCCACACCCCCUGUGCGGCGGCUCGAGCUGCUGUCCAGCUCGGAAAGCCCAGUACGCUGGCUUGAGCAGCCUGAGAGCCACCAGCGGCUGGCGGGGCCAGGCUGCAAGGCCGGGCUAUCCCCGGCCGAGCCCCUCCUGUCCCGGGCGGGCUUCUCCCCAGACUCCUCCAAGGCGGACAGUGACGCUGCCUCCUCUGGGGGCUCGGACAGUAAAAAGAAGAAGAGGUACCGGCCUCGAGACUACACAGUUAACUUGGACGGGCAGGUGGCCGAGGCGGGCGUCAAGCCUGUCCGGUUAAAAGAGCGGAAGCUCACCUUUGACCCCAUGACAAGACAGAUCAAACCUCUGACCCAGAAAGAGCCAGUGCGGGCAGACAGCCCUGUGCACAUGGAGCAGCCGUCCAGGACAGAGCUGGACAAGCAGGAGGCCAAGGCCAGCCUCCAGAGCCCCUUCGAACAGACGAACUGGAAGGAGCUGUCACGCAAUGAGAUCAUCCAGUCCUACCUGAGCCGGCAGAGCAGCCUGCUGUCAUCGUCGGGCGCACAGACCCCAGGGGCUCACCACUUCAUGUCUGAGUACCUGAAGCAGGAGGAGAGCACCCGGCGAGGGGCCAGGCAGCUGCACGUGCUGGUGCCUCAAAGCCCGCCCACGGACCUCCCUGGGCUGACCCGGGAGGUCACACAGGACGAUCUCAACAGAAUCCAGGCCAGCCAGUGGCCAGGGGUGAACGGGUGUCAGGACACACAGGGUAACUGGUAUGACUGGACGCAGUGCAUAUCGCUCGAUCCGCACGGCGACGACGGGCGCUUGAACAUUCUGCCUUAUGUCUGCUUGGACUGACCGGCCCGUCAGCCACGAAGUGCAUUCCCAUCUUGCAGAAGCCGGGCGGGCAGGCAGGUGGGCGGGUGGCCGGGGCCCAGCUGAGGCUGGGAACUCGGGGAGUCUGGCCCGGGCAGGAGGGCGGGGGCAGGAGUCACGCGGUCUCUCUGUGCGCCCUUCCCUCAAAACUCUCCUUUUGUGAAAUGCUGCUACCAGUUUACUAACAAAAUUGCGAAGGAAGGACCGCGCGGAAGGAAGGACGGCAAAGUGAGUUCAGAACUCUAUAGCAAACCAGCUAUAAAAAGCGUUAGUCCCUCACCCCUGAAGAGGUGCGGACACUUUCCAGCACCUGAAAGCUGGGACCUCAGUUGCAGGCAGGCACAGAAAACCUGUGGGAGAGGUUACCUUUAACACAGCAACAGAAGCACGCAUCUCAUCUCUCUUACAUUUCCUGUUCUUUAAUUUGGCCCUGAGUGUCUGUGAGACAGUGGGCCAUGCCGCGGCCUCUGUUUGCCCCUACCCAGCCACUGUCAGGCCAGUGUUGUCCAUCGUGUGCCAGAAGCUCCUCAGCUGUGGUGAGCCACUGGCAUUGGGCGGGCAGGCCAGCUGGCCAACCAGUGUGACCCCAACUCCAUGGGCAGCCACCUGGUUUCAGUUAUAACCCAGUUUUUACAGAAAUGCUGCAGAAAUUUAAGUUUUCUUGGGUUUAACUCCUCCUCUUCCAUCAGAACAUCAGACAAAAAAACCUUUCCUUUCUUCCCCCCUUUCCUUUUUUCCCUUCCUGUACACAUCUAGAAAACUUCACCUUUCUAGAGUCCCCCCUAAACAACACAAAAGUUACUGUGGGUGCUACUGGUUUUAUGCUGUACUGUGGGGCGAGAGGGCAGACCUGUCUGUACGCUGGAAACACUCAUAACCAUUCCUUUAGAUUCGUUUGCCUUAUGGUUAUUUGUCAUAAACGCGAUUUGCAAAAACAAGGAGCCUUAGUGAAUGUACAGAACCUAGACUUCUGUGUUCUCAGGACGCAGAAGGGAGCAACUUUGCUAUUUGGUCCAGUAAGUGGACACCUUGUGAUAUAAAUGUGGAAAUAAAAAAAAAACAUUUGCACAAA